AUGGCCACCAACUCGCAGGCCCAGCCGCCGCCGCCGCCGCCGCCGCCGCCCCCGCCGCCUCCGCCGCCCCCGCCGCCUCCCCCUCCUCCGUCUCAGCCGCCCCUGCCGCCUCAGCCGCCCCCGCCGCCUCAGCCGCCCCCGGCCGAAGGAGGAGGGGGAGGAGGGGGAGGGGGAGACCCCCAGCUGGUGGCCAUGAUCGUCAACCACCUGAAGAGCCAAGGCCUGUUCGACCAGUUCCGCCGAGACUGCCUGGCCGACGUGGACACCAAGCCAGCCUAUCAAAAUCUGAGACAACGUGUGGACAACUUCGUUUCAAAUCACUUAGCGACUCACACGUGGAGUCCUCACCUCAACAAAAACCAGUUACGCAACAAUAUUAGACAACAAGUCCUCAAGUCAGGAAUGUUAGAGUCCGGUAUUGACCGAAUCAUAUCUCAGGUUGUGGAUCCAAAGAUCAACCACACGUUCAGACCUCAAGUCGAAAAGGCUGUUCACGAGUUUUUGGCCACGUUAAAUCACAAAGAGGAAGCGAGUGCCAAUACAGUUCCAGAUGAGGAGAGACCAGAUUCUUCCAUCACCACGCAAGGCGUUUCUGCUGCCGGCCCCAGUGCUAACGUAGCUAACGAUGCAAUGUCCAUUUUGGAAACCAUCACUUCUCUCAAUCAAGAAGCGAGUGCUGCCAGGGCUUCAACGGAAACCCCAAAUCCCAAGAAUGCUGAAAGAGUAGCAAAAAGACUCAUGUCUCAACAAAGUAUCGACGCUAGCGAGAGAGACCGGAAUUCAGAAGAUGUGUCUGACAAAGAAAAACCCAUUUCUGAUCUCUUAGGUGAAGGUCCUGAACCGGUUCCUAAAUCAGAAGACAUCGGAGAAAUCCCUAAUGCAGUUGAAGAAGUCAAGACUACCGCAAAAGACAGUGGCAAUUUGGUUUUGCCAACUAAAGAUAAUAACAUACAGGAAAGCAAUGACCAAAAAACUAAACCAGUGGACAAAAGUGAAAAGAAAUCAGACAGUAGCGAAAAAGCAGAGAGGAAGAAAGACAAGAAGGAAAAGACUGAGAAGAAAUCUGAUCAUUCAAAAAGGAAUGAGGACUUACAAAGAGCCAAAGAUGACAAGCAAUUGAAAGACCGGGAGGCAGACUCUGUGAAGCAGUUGCCUUCUGAGAAGAACAGUAAUAAAUCUAGGACAAUUGAAGGAACAAAAGAAGACUUUUCUUCGAUCGACUCAGAUAUGGAUGGACUCACAGAUAUCACUGUUAGCUCUGUCCAUACAAGUGACCUCUCAUCGUUUGAUGAAGAGAGUGAAGAGGAAUUUGUAGUUUCAGAAAGUACUGAAGAAGGAGAGAUCACAUCAGAUGAUGAAGAGGAGGACACUCAAAAGUCAAAACCUCAAACUGUUGAACCCAGUGAAGGGAAAGCAAAAAAUGUGCGGCAUGCUUAUGUCCACAAACCUUAUCUCUAUUCCAAGUAUUACAGUGAUUCUGACGAUGAGUUGACUGUAGAACAACAUCGCCAAUCGAUUGCCAGAGAGAAAGAAGAACGACUUCUAAGGAGGCAGGUUAACAGAGAGAAACUUGAAGAAAAACGUAAACAGAAAGCGGCAGAUAAAAGCAAAUCUUUGAAAAACAAAAGUCAAGGCAAAAACAAUGUGGAUUUGGAAGAGUCCUCUAGAAAACUGCUGGAACCGAAAGCUACGAGAACUAAAGAAGUGCUUAAAGAGCGAAGGGUUUUAGAAAAAAAAGUAGCCUUGAGCAAAAAACGAAAAAAAGAUUCAAGGCAUGUUGAAGAAAGUUGUAAAAAGAAAUACCAUUCUGAAGAAGAGUCCAAAGAAGCACUGAAAAUAAAUGAGCAUUGUGAAAAACUACCCACCUCAAAGGAACCAAAACACAUCCAUGCAAAAAGCGAACCCAGUAAACCUGCUCGAAGACUUUCGGAAUCACUUCACACAACCGAUGAAAACAGAAGUGAAUCAAAAAUGGAAAGAGAGCAUAAAAGACGAGCAUCUACUUCCUUAGAAGGAGCACAGCCAGACCCUGAAACAAAGGAAGCAAAGAGGCAAAUGGAAAAGCCGGAGAUCAGUACUGAAGAGACACAGAAGCCAAAAAGUAUACUUAAAAAUGAGAAGCAUCCCAAAAAAGACAACAAUGAUUCAGAAAUGCAUUUACGAAGCGUUCCCAAGAAAGAGGUGAGAUCAUACAGAGAGAAAUCUGAAAAAGAGAGAACUCUUUCAGAAGAUAAAUUAUCAACAAAGCAUAAAUAUAAGGGAGACAGUGUACAUAAAAUAGGGGAUGAAACCGAACUCCAUUCUUCCGAGAGAAACUCGAAAGCCGAUGAGAGUGGUCAGAAGCAAAGUCAACAGAUUAAAGUUUCUUCAGAUGACAAAGCUGACAAGAAAAGUAAACAUAGGAAUGAAAAGAAAAUAUCACUACCUACCAAAGACGGAAAAACUGUUUCUGAAAACACUCUGAAAACUGAAGAAAGUCUACGUAAAGAAAAUAGCAAGAAAGAUAGGCAUCUUUCGGUUGAAAAGGCCAGAUCAGAACACAAGUCGAGAAGGUCGAGUGAUUCUAAAGUUCAGAGAGACUCUCAAGGUUCAAAGCAGCACAGUUACACCUCCCAGAGAAGGAGUGAAAGUUAUUCAGACGAUAAGUGUGAUGCAGAAUCAACUAAUUCAGAGCAUCUCAAGGCAGAAGAUAACGUUCACAGAGACAGACGAAGAACAAAGAGCUUAUUGGAAGAGAAAUCUGUAUUAAAAUCUAAAUCAAAAAGUCACAGCAAGCCGUCGAGAGCUGGUGAUGCAGAAGUACAGGAAAGUGCCACAAAACAGGAGGCUUCUCAGAAGUCUGACCGGGAAAAGAACACUGAAGAAAGUGACGCAGAUAAACCACGCAAACCCAAAAAUGAAGAAAAGUCUUCUGAAGAGACCAGUGUUGAAACAUCUGAACUUGAAAGCAACUCUUGCUCAGGUUCACAAAAGGAUUCCAGUUACCGAGUUAAACUUCCAGCGGGAGAAAAGACACUUGUCAAAGAAAAACACAAGAGUGACAAAGAUGUCAGCCUUUCCAAACUGGAGAGGAAGUUGUCAGUAGACUGUCAUAAGAGCAGAAGUUCAAAGCAUAGUGGUAAGGAAAUAAAGAGGAAGGAAGAAAAUAUCAAAUCAGAAGAAAAAGAUAGUAAAGAGAUAGACAGUAGCCAUGAAAAAGUGAAGGGGAACAGUGUAGUUAUGGAAAAGAAGUCAAGCAAGCGGUUAUGUGAAAAUCGAAGGGGAAGCCCAUCAUCACAAGAAAUGAUUAAAACCGAGGACAAGUUAGCAACAAGUUCCAUGCUGACAGCUCAGACUCCUCUUACCCAGAGACAGCGAAAGGGAGUCGAGAAUUCGUCAGUUCCUGACCAAGAGCCAAUGGAAGUUGAUUCGGAACAAGUCUUUGAAAAUACGCUUGCAUCUUCUAGAACCCAAGAUAAAAGCAAUAGUGAUCCAAAGCCAGACGUUGACUCUGAAAGUACUACGAAAUUAAAAACGUCUUUCCAAAUUUCCCGGAGUGAGUUGAGGAGUAAUCCAGGUGACUUUCAAGUAUUAGAUUCUGCCUGUAAACCAGAAUGUCAUUUUAGAACUGAAAGUAAUUCUGAAAAGAAUGCUGAACAUAAAAAUGUUCCCAUUAAGGAACCUAAUGUCCCGGUGUCUAAAAAGGAGAAAGAAUCCAUUCAGCAAGGGGCUUUUCAAAUUAAUCUAAGCUGUGACACUAGUAAGAGAAGUUUACUUAAUAUCCCAUCAGAAAAUGCCAGAACUCAGAAAAAUUUGAAAAACAUUGCCAUUUCCAGUGAAGAGAACGUGUCCCUGUCAGGUUCUUCCAGUCAAGGAGGAGAUGCCCUUAAGCAUUCCAUAAAUACAAAUUCCUCUGAAUCCAUGGCCUGUGAGGGUAAUGUACCUCAGAAAGACUCUCGUCAUUUAGAUAAGCCUUGCUUGACGGAGGGUAAAACUGCUUUGGAAAGCAAGACUUCCCACCCCUCAGGCUCAGACCUCUCUGAGAGCCCCAGGACGAGCUCCGAUAUUAAAGAACAUAAAGUCACUCAGACGAGUAGCAACAGAGAAGAAAACAGGAAGAGAAUCAUAACGGCCAAGCCAGCAAAAGAAAGCCUUGCUGCUGUAAGAAGUCUUCAGGAUUGUGAUCAAAGAAGAGGUGAGGCUAACUUAAUGACCGACACUGUUGCCAAAGAUGAGAAUAUGGGCCCUAAAGAAUUUGUCUUGAUGGAAUUGGAUAAGAAAGCAAAAGAUGUCAGCGUUCCAGGAGUCAGUGUCGAGCAAGGUACGAGGGCUAAUGUAGAUGCCGAGCAAAAGGAAGAAGAAGGUGACACAGGGUCCGCGAUAGGCACCAGCACCGAAAAAGAGGCCAGCCGCCUUGAAGUUCCCAAAAAAGCCGUACGGAACACCGUCACGGAAACAGAAGAAGCUGGAAACCUGAGAGCUGGAAUCGAGAAAGGGAAUGAAAACAGUGAGGUAGGCACCAGCGCAGGACGUGGUGGAGUCCCUGUGAUUCAGUCCAGAGAGCAGACGGCCGGCAACACCUCAAUAGGCACUAGUUCAGAAGAAAAAGCAAGCAUUGCUAGCGUCGCCACCAGUACGGAAGGGAAAGAUGAGUCUCUUACGACAUGCGCAAUUAAGUCAAGUGAUGCAACCACAAGUUCCACUGUCACAGAAGAACGUGAAGUAUCCCUAUCGUGCACAAGCAUAGAAGCAGACGAAGGCUUCACGACCGGCGCGUGUGCCCAACUCGGGCAUACGGGCACCAGAGCAGAAGCCGACGACUCUACCAUUGUUGCGGCAGCUGAGGAAGGGGGUGGGGUCACCGAAGGAUGUGCUGAAAGCGAAACCUUGCUCACUAGUACCAAGGAAGGUGGAAGCGGGGAGUGUACCAUGACCAAUACCGAAGAAAGCGGUAAAGAUGCCGUCAGCGUCCACACCGUGGAAAAUGUAAAUAGCGCAGGAACCGAAGAAAAGGACGACGCCGUAACUAGUGCGGGAUCUGAGGAAAAAUGUGAGGGCUCUUCAAGCAGAGAUUCAGGAGUAGUCGGUACCGUCACUUGUGUAAGCGAAGUAGAAAGCGAUGGGGCUGUAACAAGUGCCGGGACCGAGGUCCUAGAGGGAUCCUUGAGCAGCGAAGAUGCAGAUGGAUGUCAGAGAAGCAUACCUAGAACCAGCCAGAAGAAAGAAACGGAAGGUGCCGUGACUUGUACGGGUGCGGAAGAGAGGAGUGGUAAUUUUGCCAUCUGUUCGGUGACUGGAGCGGAUGCCCAGGGAGAGGACAGUGUCACCGGCGCCAGUAUUGCGGUGGUUGGCGAUGACUCCAUAAUGGGUCCGAGUUCCAACCAAGAAGGUGAAGAUUCCACAAAUGACGGGGCAGAAGGCGAAAGUGCCGUGACCAGCACUGGCAUAAUGGAAGAAGAAGGGGAGGGGACAACCAGCUGUACGGGAUCAGAAGAGAGCAGAGAAGGUUUUGCCAUAUCCUCCGAACCGGAGGAAAAUGGUGAGAGCCCAAUGGACAGUACGGUAGUCAAAGACAUCACCAAUCUGUCUCUGAGCACCGUCGGGCCCUGUGACGACGAGGGCAUUGUGACCAGCACCGGUGCCAAAGAAGAGGACGAGGAAGAUGAGGGCAUGGUAUCGAGUACCGGGAGAGGAAAUGAAAUCGGAAGUGCUUCGACUUGCACGGGAAUAGAAGAGGGCGAAGGUGCGCUAGCUUGCCUAAGUGCCGAAGACGACGAAAGUUUGGUCUGUACCGCCGCGGAGCCCGUGGAAUCUGAGGCGGGCCUAAAUACCAACGGAAGUGAUAGCGUCGAUAGCAUGAGCGGGGAGGAGAAAGAAGUCGGGGACGGAGCGAUCUGCUCGAGUGCGAAAGAGGUUGUCGAAAGCAGCGUGACCAGCGCGUCAGUGGAGAGUGCCCUGAUGGCAGUUUCAGAAAAGCCAGAAGAGGUGGCGAUCCUUGCAGAUCUGGAAGAGAACGGAGGUCCAAUGACUAGCGCGGCUACGGACAAAAGCGACAGUCAGCUCUCUCCUGAAGAGAAAGAGGAAGAUGCUACGAUUUCUACUGGCACAAGGGAAGAUGACGAUGUCCUUCGGUCUGAGGCGGCCCCAGAAGAUCAAGUCCCACUCGUUCCAGCAGGUGGGAAAGAAGACGAGCAGGCAAUAACUUCCGUAGAAAAUGAGGGAGGUGGCAGUCUCCUGGCCACUGCAGCCCCUGAAAGUGGUCCUGGGAAAGAAAGCAAAGGAAACGGUCUGAUGAUUUCCACCAGCACAGUGGACGGAUACCGUGUCCCUCCGCUGAGUUCCGCCGGAGAAGCGAAAGACGGUCAGGGCGGUGGUGAUAGAGCCGAAGGAGGUGGCGAAGAUCCCAUGAUUUCUCUAGAAAUUGAAGCAUUUGAGGCUCCCACGCCCAGCGCGGCGACCGAAGCCGAGGCGCAACUCGGUGUCGCUGGAAACGAAAAGGAUGAAUGUGCUAUGAUUUCCACCAGCAUCGUAGAAGAGUUUGAGGCGCCUAUGUCCAGCGCGGCUCUAGAGAACAAGGAGAUGCCACCUCCGGUUGCAACGACAGAAGAAGUAAAAGGAGACACCCUCUCUGUAGAGGCUGAAGAUUACGAAGCACCGAUGUCUAGUGCAGUCACAGAACUGCAAAGUCAACUUGCUUCCACCAGUAAAGAAGAAAAAGAUGAAUGUGCCCUCAUCUCCACGAGUAUAGUGGAAGAAUGUGAGGCUCCGGUGUCCAGUGAGGUCGGUGAGGGAAAAGAGGAGUACCGUGCCACUGGAAGGGGAGAGAAAGGUGGGAGUUCUGUGAUCCCCACAAGUUCCAUGGGAGAUUGUGAAGGCCCAGUAUCUAGUGCCAUCCCGCGGGGUGAAGGUCACCUCUCUGCCACCAAUGGGGAAGAAACAAAUGACACCGCCAUGAUCUCUACAAGCACCACUGGGGACUGUGAGGUAAUCGUGACGGGCGCUUUGCCACAGAGUGAACCCCCCCUUGCCGCUACAAGAAUGGAAGAAAUCAGUGAUGCCUCCAUCAUCUCCACAAGUACAACUGAAGAAGGCACGCUGGUCUUGCCCAGCGUAGACAGGCGCAAAAAUAUCCAGCUCGUGGGAGUAGGUGCCGGAGAGAAAGACGAAGGGGCCACGAUCUCUGCCGGGAAAGGGGGCACCUGCGACAUCCCCAUGCCCAGUGUAAUUGUCGUGAACGAAGAGCGUAACUCUGCCGGCUCAGUUACAGAUGACGGAGGAGGAGGUUCUGAGAUCUCAGCAAGUCUUGAAGAAGAAAAUGAGGGCCCUUCAACCAAUACGCUAGCAGGAGAGAAGGCUCAAAUGGCUGUCGCAAGUUCAGAAGGAAAAGAUGAAAGCGGUCUGCUGACUGAAGACAUUUCGAAAACCGCACCGUUUUCAAGCAGAGGAGAAAAUGAUAACUCAUCGGGUAUCGUAAAUGUAGGGCCCACAAGUGACCCCGGGGAAGAAGGGGAGAAAAAAGAGGGCGAUAAGACGAGUAGUUCAGGGAGGCUCGAGUCGGCCGCGGGUUCUGAAGCAGCGGAAAACAGGCUGGCACUAUUGAGUGGUUCAGAGGAAAUCUCUGGGAAUUUAAAGAGUGACUCCGUGCUUACUGUUUGCCACUCUGCAGCCGCGGGUUCCGCUGAAGACAAAGCCGCCGAUGCACAAGUUGCCAAAGUAAUUUCGCUAGAACUUUCAGGUAUUGUCUGUGAAGAAACGUGGCGUGACGAAAACUUAAGCAGCAAAGAUGAAAAGCGUACUAGUGGUUCAGGGCCCAAAAUCGACACUUCGAGAAGUAGGACCCCUCCGGGGGGUGAUGAACCACCUUUAUUAACUUCUGAAUGUGAGACCGAGGUGACUGUAAAUAGUGAUCAUAAUGAAAACUUAAUUUUUGAAGCUACAGUAGAAAAGAGUGACUCUCGUACUGGUGGACCACGGAAUAGUGAUGACACAAAGAAAUCAGUUGGCGUGGAAGGAGGCCCAGUCAUUAACGUUUCUUCUGAAAACACUGUGUGUAGUGCAGGCAAUGAAGAAACUCUCCCAGAAGGUUUGGAGGAAUUGGAACUGAAAACUAAUUUGAAAACUGAGUCACCGGUGCCUUCAGGAAAGGAGGAAGACCAUUUUGAAGAACCACCAGAAGAUCUCUGUGGAAAUGGAGGGAAUGGACUAGUAGAACCAGGGAAGAAUCCAGCUGCGGCAAAAGAAUCAAAUGCUAAAACCUUAGACCCACAAACAAAUGAAGAAACUCACAGUUGCAAGGAAAAAGCCAAAUCUCUAGAAAGCUCACAAGAUGUCAAAGAAUAUGUGCCUUGCAGUAAAGCUCACAUCCAGGAAGCUGUGAGAUGCCCCACUCCUAAAAGAAAACUUGAAGAGGUAGAAAUCUCCUCCCAGGAAGAAGAAAGUCAGCCACCUGAACGAAAAAGAAAAAAGCACACCCUCUCUGAUGAGAAUGAUUUUGAUGUCCCGGACUCAAGGAGAGAAGAUAGACAAAGUCAGUGCUCUGAAGUAAGCCCACCAGUUUUACAGGAAGGGCAUUAUGAAAGUACAGAAGAAAUCUCCCAGGAAAGUGUAAAGAAAAGUAGCACUGUUUCAGAAAUUGUAGCAGAUAAAGGUGAGUCUAUCGUCAUGGAAUCUACUGGUGAAAAAGCCGCGCAGAGUGAAGACACCAGUGUAAAAGUGCUAGAGGAAGAUCAGCCUGUUGUAGUUAAAAGGAAAAGAGGAAGACCUCGCAAGUAUCCCCUCGAAGAUGCCCUGAAAACUAAAGAGGACUCAAAAACAGAGGCAGCUGUUGUAAAUACCCAACAAUCUCCAUCUGGUGGUAAAGGGAAGAUAACCGCCACAGGUGAUUCUCAUAAAGAAAUAAACCUUCAAGAAAGAAACCUGGCCACUGAUGACGGGGAAGACAAGACCGUCGUGACGGUGCGCCGGAGAGGAAGAAAGCCUAAACGUUCUUUCACUCUGUCAGAGGAAACCGAAACAUCAGAGCCAGAAAGAAAACGCCAAAAGUCAGUGUCUGAGACAGUGGAAGACAAGAAAGAGCCAGAGUCCGAAGAGGAAGAAGAAGAGGAAGAGGACGAAGAGGAUGAUGAAAAGCAUUUAAGAGCCACAACUAGAUCAGCUUCAAGAUUAGAAGCUCAAAGAAAGCAGCCAAGCAAACCAACUACACGUGCAGCUUCUAAACUUAGUAGCCCAGAAACAGCGUCUCCGCGAAAUCGCCAAAAAUUAUCAAAAGAGAAGCUGUCGACCACCGAAAAAGUUAGUAAAUCUCCCCCAUUAGGAAGGCCAAAGGCACAGCUGUCCCCCUCCAAACGCAAACGAGAGCCCAGCCCGCCAGCCAUCCGCACCAGAGGCCAGCAGAAGGGUGACGAAACCCCAGGGAAAAAAGCCAGGCGGUAAAGCCCAGCACCCGUUCUCCCCUGGUUCGAAAAAUGGUGGAGUUGCCAUGGGAGGAGUCUCUCUGGUCAUAGGCUUGCUUUUUUUUUUGUUUUUUGUUUAUUUUUUUGUUCCUCGUUUUUUGUUUUUUUUUUUUAAAGAAAAGGGAUGCGCAUGUGCUCAAGUUAAUAAAGGCAAGCUUUUUCUUUUUGUGUCUUAAA